AUGAAAUUGCAUAAAAUUACCUUUACUGUCUUGAGUUUAAUUGGUUUAGUCUCUGCCGCAGUGACUACUUCCUCCUCGCCUUCCUCUUCUUCCUCUUCUUCCUCUUCUCCUUCCUCUUCAUCCUCAGUAAAACCACCUGGCAGUGGACAAGCAGCGUUAACUGGAUAUCCGACAAUGGAUCAAACACCACCAACUAAUCAGGCAUGGUUUCGAAAAGUAGAUUUAUCCCAGGUUCCAAAUAUUCCGCCAAGGAAAUCCUUUACAGACUGUCCUCCAAAAGGAUCAUCUGAUCCAACUUGCGCCUGGAGUUGUUCUCAAUGUUUAGCCAGCGAUGAUAUCACCUUUUGCCCGAAUAAAGGAGACUGGGGUCUUACUUUUGACGAUGGUCCUGCUUCAUCACAAACCGGUAAACUAUUAACUACUUUAGAUGGCGCGAAUCAAAAGGCAACAUUCUUUAUUGUUGGCUCACGUGUUGUCGAGUUUCCAGAUACUUUAACUAAAACAUUUAAAGCUGGACAUCAGAUCGGUGUGCACACGUGGUCACAUCCCCCUUUGACUACUUUAACCAAUGAGCAGAUUGUCGCGGAAAUCUUAUGGACUGAAAAAAUUAUCAAUGAUACAAUUGGCGUAGUACCUAAAUACAUGCGUCCACCUAUGGGUGAUAUUGAUAACCGUGUACGUGCAAUCAUGAAAGCUCUCGUUGGAUUACCAAUAAUCGUUGACCAUGGUUUCUGCUCACUCGAACAUGAUAUUCAUACUAUUUCCGUGGAUGCUGUUCCCUCUGUUUUACCACUGAUCAAAAAUGCCGGCUAUAAACCACAACCAAUUGCCACUUGUCUCGGUGACAACAAUCCUUACCAAUCAUUACUUAGUGGCAGCAGUGGUAAUAAUAAUAAUACUUCAUCGUCUUCGGGUAAAUCCGGGAAUUCAUCUGUUGCUGGAUCGGGACUUAAUUCAUCAUCCAAUGAUCCUUCUGUUAACAUUAAAUCGACUUCUGAUG